GGUUGUUGGUGUGUGCGUGAUAAGGUGUUGUGUUUUGGCAGGCCUUUUUAUGACUAAUUCUAGAGACUCAAGAAUCGGCGUAGAAGUCGUCCUUUAAUUGUGAAGCCAGUAUUCGACAUAAUUUUUACACUUCGUAAAAUUUUUUUAAUAAACAUUUCUAGACUUCUGAAUGCUCGCAUAAGUUUGGAAACUCGCUUUUGGAACAUUCAUACAAUUGAGAAUGGACGCCAGUGCUUUGAAACAAAUAUUAGCUGACUCUUGCAACGGGCAAUGGAUGUCUCAUCGGUAUCUCCUGGCUUCCAUGCAGUCCAAAGUAAAAUUGCAGCAGUUCUGAUGCAGUCCGGGGCUCAUUCGGUAAAUAAUAAAGAAGAGGCCCCAGUUCAACAUUAUGAGUCCAUCCUUCACAGCGUGCAUUAUUGCUGCAGAAAACUCUUUGUUUCAAGACAUGGAAUACAACGAAAUAGACAACAUCAGCAGCGAAUUGGUUUAUGUGGGUAAUCAGGCGUACUCCCGGCGUUCGGCCACUAUCAAAGCUUGGAGCUGUGAUGACGGAAUCAAUGCAUUUGUUUUAGAAGACUGCGAGCAGGUGCAACCUGUACUCGAAGACGACACACUCGGUCGGAUCGGUAGCAAAGUUGAAGCGUUGGGAGUUAAGGGCAAAUCGUCGCACUCUAUCAGAAGUAACAGCUUAACCAAUUUGGAUCGAUUUCCCGCCAGUUAUUCUGCUCGGACCACUAAAAAUGAACGUAUGUUCAGGAAAAAUAAAUCUCUUAUGAAUUCUCAUACUUUUUAUUGCAAUGACUCCUGGCGAGCAGAUAAAUUUCCUCCUAAAAUGUGUAAGAAGCAUCAUUCUUUCGACAUCGAUUCUAAAGUAGAGAGUUUGCCAGCGGUUCCUGGAGCAGCAAACUCUCUUAAUGCCGUUGAUUCCAAUCGUAUACAAUAUUAUUCUGGCCAUCACAACUCAAAACCUACAAGCUUUGACACGUUACCGCCCUUGAACAGAAGACAAAUGUCCACCCAUGGGGCCCUCCCUCGCAAGGUUCAAGGAAGAGCUGAAUACGAUAGUCUCGAAUUCUUUGAUCCUCUACGUCUACAAGAUACUGAGUACUCUUCAAAAAAUUGUUCAACCACUAUGAGGACGAAGCAGCUUAAUUUAGACCAAAAAACUGCUUUAGUGAUCGCCGGCUGGCCAGUAGCAUUGCUAAUUUAAAGCGACCCAGCCUUUUCUGCGCGAGCAGUAGCGUGUUGUUGCAGAGCAUAAAUAACUGCAGAUUCCGUCACGUCCAGCUGUUGCUUCAAGCGGGCAUGAAUCCGGACAAAAAAGAUGACGAUGGAUGUCCGGCGCUCUGUGCUGCCCUGCGCGUCCCUGACGCAGACAUGGCGCUGCGCAUGGUGGUGGAGCUCCUCCAGCACAACGCUGAUGUCAACGCCCGCGACGCCGAUGGCAACACCGCACUCAUGCUCUCCUGCAUGACCCACGCUGCUGCUCGCACGCCCAUCAUUGCUGCUCUCCUCCGACACCCUGGCGUGUCGCUAGGUGCUCGCAACAGCCAGGGUCGCACGGCUCUCAUGGUUGCUGCUGUACACGGCAACCAAGACGCUCUCGCUCUUCUCAUCGCCGCCUUCAGGAACCUUCAGCACCACCAGCAGUUCGGUGAGGUUGACAGCAGCGGCUGCAGCGCCAGGCAGCUCGCUGAGCACCACGGUCAUCAGGCUUGUGCCGCGCUCUUGGCUUUGCAAGAGGAACACAGCAGACCGAGAGCGAACGGCUUCAAGCAUCCUCCUCCUGCUCCCUUUUGUCUUGAGCGACCUCCCACCCCGCCUCUUGAUGAUACUUCCAGAAUAACAAAUUUAUCAAACAAAAUGCAGAAGUUCAUUGCAGGGGGAAGCCAUUCUAUGGAACAGCCAUUCCCAGAGAGCAGAAAACUACGCAAGCAAGGCAUCGUUACGAGCAUCUCCACAGACUGUCUUGCCGCUGGACCAUACAACGCGACGGCAUGCGACUCGAUGCCUAAAAUUUCAGUGGCAUCUCGGUCACUCAACAGGAGCAUUCACCAGCUACUAAGAGAUGACAUAGAAGGUCGCCCAGGCCAUAGACCUCCUACUCCAGCUCGACAAUCUCUGCCGAACUUGAUGCCUGUAGGUCAUAAAUCUAGUCACUCGUAUUCAUCUAACAGCCAAGCCAUUAACAACUUCAAUAAUGAAAACUCGGCGUCAUUGAAAACCACCGCUGAUGCGAGCAGAGGCGCGUACGCUGACAUGCGUCGACUUACCGUCAGUGGAGCGCCGAGGUCCGCGUCUCCUGACUUCAUAAAACGCCGGUCUUUGGAGGCCAUCGAUAUCGACCUCGGUGCUUCUACGCGAUCCGAAGGUUGGAAUGCCGUUAGCAACCAUGCAAGCGGCGUCGUUCACUUACCGCCUAUCAGCAAGGGAAAAUUUGAACAGGGAAGUCGAGAAAGUAAGUUGAUUUUAGCCAAAAAGACUCUUGAAAAACUCGACAAUAUUUUGUCUUCCGAAGAAUCUUUGGGUCCUUUCAAUUCCCGAUCCUCGGUACACAUGCGUGAUGCGCCUGAACAAUGUUCCAUCAGAACUUGCCGUCGAAAACCUUUAGAGGAUUCCUUAUGAGACUCAAGUUAAUAAUAUUACUUACUAUAAAUAUAUUAUUGCCGUAAUUUUAUAUUGUGCAAAAUAUUCUUCGAUAAUGGAUAACUUUAAUUGUUUUGUGAAUCAAAUUCCUUCAGCUGUUCUUCAACGAUGAAUGAUGUUGCCAUCCAAAUAAAUCACAACAUUAAAUGCCGAUCUAUUUGUCCAACACGCAUUGCUGGAAUUAAAUUAUUUUAGUAAGCUUGCAGAUAUCCGAAGUAAAAGUUCCCCUUGGUU